AUGACACAACCACACAUCCCCUCCAAGGAGGCGGACCUCUUCCGGGACUCUUUUCAGGUACCGCCCCCGUACGAGGCCGCCGCGUAUCCCCGCAUCCGGCCCCGCCGCACUCUCCUCCGAAACCUCAUCUCGCCCCGCGUGCUCGUCUGCGUCUUCAUCGGCGUCCUGCUCGCCUGGCACACCUUCCUCAUUGAACGAGAGACUGUCAUCCGCGAUGCUGCGAGACAUGCCUCUCCGUCGGCCCAUCUGGCCCGCUUUGAUGAGUCCUUGAAGCACUGCGCUGCUCUCAAGACGUUUCCAAAGAGCCCCGAGCCAGAGACUCGCAAGUCCAACUCGAGAUGGAACGCUGUCCGCGGCCAAGAUAAGCCGGUAGUGCUGCGCAACAUGACCUUCUUUGACGGCGAGUCCAUUGCGCCCGAGCCAAUGGAUAUCAAGUUUGAAAAGGGCUUGUUCACCGAGCUGGCAACAACGGCUUCUAAGUCCAUCAGCUCUGACGGUGCCACCGAACACGACUUACACAGCCGCUUCGUGACGCCUGGUCUGGUCGACAUGCACUCUCAUCAUGCCGCGAGCCUGUGGCCGGCUCUGUCCGUCACUGAGGAUGAGAAUGAAAUGACAAAGACCUACGGCCCGCUCACCCCGAUGCUGCGUAUCCUCGACUCAUUGAAGGCGUACGAUGACGCUACUCGCAUCAUCAUGUCCGGCGGCAUCACCACGUCACUCAUCUUGCCCGGUUCCGCCAACAUCAUGGGCGAAGAGGGUACCGUGAUUAAGAACGUCCUCAAGUCGGGAGAGUUGGGCGAGUACGUCGUUGAGGAGCUGCUGCUCGAGCGUGAUAUCCCUGUCGAAGAGCGCCAUCGAUACAUGAAGCUGGCCUGCGGCGAGAACCCCAAGCGUAUCUAUGGCCAUACCCGCAUGGCCAACGCCUUCAUCCUCCGCGAGCAGUUUGCCAAGGCCAAGGAGCACAUGCAAAAACAGGACGAGUACUGCGAGAGCGUCGCCACUGUGUCGACCUUGUCUGACGAGGUCAAGGACCGCUUCGUCCGAGAGUCUGGCAGCUUUCCCGCCGACCUCAAGCUCGAGUCCACCGUCGGCAUGCUCCGCGGCCGAGUCUCCAUGCAGAACCACUGCUACCUCCCCGAGGACUUUGAGACAAUGCUCCGAGUCACUGGCGAGUACGGCGUCCGCGUCCGGGCCUUCCACCACGCCCUCGAGGCCUGGCAGGUUCCCGAGAUGCUCAAGGCGUACGGCGAAAACGUCACCGUCGCUACCUUUGCCGAGUUCAGUCUGUACAAGUUCGAGGCCUACGCACCGAGCCUCUCUGCGGGCAAGAUCCUCAACGAGCAUGGCAUCCCCGUAGCCUACAAGUCAGACCACACCGCGCCAGAGACGAACGCAAAGUACAUCAUGUUCCAAGCGGGCGUCGGCCACGCGUUCCACCUACCGGAAGAGAAGGCUCUGCAGUCAGUCACCUCUAUUCCCGCCAAGGCCAUCGACCUGGGCUACCGUGUUGGCUACGCUCGUCCGGGCUACGAUGCGGAUCUGGUUGUCUGGGAUGCCCACCCGCUUUCUAUCGGAGCGACUCCCCUGCAAGUUUACAUUGACGGUAACCCCCAGCUGAAGCACCACAUUGUUCAGGAGAGCAUGGGCAAGGCCUUUAAUGAAGCAUCGACCAAGGAGACCCUCCCCGUGAAGCCCAACAUGCGAACGGAGCUGGAGCCGGAGAAGAGGGAAGCGUUCUGCAGCAAGACCGCUAAGUCAAAGUCCAGUUUCGUCAUCAACGGUAUCACGAGCACAUUCCUGGAAAACCACCCUCAGGUGCCUACGGUCUUCCGCGACGUCAGCGGCGAGAACUUUACUCUCGUGAUUAACAGCGGCAAGGUCGCCUGUCUCAGCUCGCCUGACAAAUGCUCGUCGGCCAUCGCCAAGGUGGCAUCCAAGUCCGACGUCACCACCAUCGACCUGUCCAACGGCCACGUUCUGCCCGGAUUGACGGCCCUCACAGCCUCCCUCGGCAUGGUUGAGAUUGCGACGGAGGAUUCCACCGGAGACGGCUUUGCCGACCCGAAGAAGGAUGGGAACGAUCCAGAGAACCUCGACUACGCAAAGUACGGCGUCCAGCUGGAGGGCAAGGCCUUUGCCCGCGCGCGCCUCGGCGGCAUCACCCGCGCCAUCACGCCGCCCCUUAGCGCCGAGGGCGGUGCUUUUGUCAACGGCGUCAGCGUCGGCAUCCUCACGCGCACCGAUCGUACGCUCCUCGACGGCGGCGUCUUCCGGCCCGAGGUGGCGCUUCACGUUACCAUUGACGAUAAGGCAAAGGAGAGCGUGGGCACCAUCAGCACCGCUGUCAAGAAGCUGCGCAAGAUUCUCGCCGACGGCCAGGGGAAGCACAAUGAGACGACCUUUGGCGAGGUUGCGUCAGGCAAGCUCCCGCUCGUGAUCAAUGCCAAUAACCAUUGGGACAUUCAGCAAAUCAUCAACAUCAAAAAGGACUUUCCCGACGUCAACAUCGUUAUCCAAGGCGGUGCCGAAGCGCCCUUGGUCGCCCUGGAGCUCGCAAAGUCCCAGAUCCCGCUCAUCCUCACCGAGACUCGUCCCGCGCCCUCCUCCUAUAGACACCGCGAUGCCGUCGUGGGCCCGCCCCUGACCCCGAGCGUCGCCCGCAUCCUCAGCGAGGCGGGCGUCUACUUUGCAGUCGCCAUCGUCACGGACAUCAUGCCCGCAGACUACCGCCUCCACGACCUCGCCCUCGAAGCUGCGUGGGCCGCCAAGUACGCCAACCUCGGCGACAAGGAAGCCAUCCGCCUCGUGUCCGGCAAUGCCGAGGAUAUUCUCGGCCUGCCCAAGAGCAGCGACAUUGUUGUGUGGGAGGGCAGCCCGCUCGAGUUUGGCGGUACCGUCGCCCUCAGCUUCGAGGUGGACCAGAAUGGCGACCUCGAGGUUGCCGCUUGCUGGCCGCACGAGGAUGACCGAUAG